CUUUCUCCUUCAUUCAAUAUCAUAAUAUUUUUUUCUUCUUCUUAUUUUAAAUAGAAAGGAAGAACAAUCAAUUCAGUGCGCGAUCUGUGAUUCUGUAUGGAUCAGUGAACCCUAAAAAAAAGGUCUAAACCUUCCCCUGUCAAACCAGACAAUUCUUACUAAUCUUAUCUCCGAAUCCAUUUUUGAGCUUCAAUUGAGUUUAUUUUGAUCUCUACUAUACGAAAUAUGGCUUCCCGUAUUAUCAGUCACUCUAAAAAGCAGUUAAGAAAUGCCCCAAACUUGCUGCGGCAUGAGCAAGCUCUCCUGGUUCGUUGCUUUUCGCUCAGUGGUCAACCUUCUGUCGGUAAAAGAAAUGAGAUACGGAGGUUUCAUUGCCUUGGUUAUGUGGUUUCAGAAGGAGAUGGAGUUACUAAAUCUUUCAUUAGUAACACUAAGUCAUUGUUUGGUACCUCUAAGGGUAGGGAUUUCUCUACAACCACAGUGAAAGGUGGAAGUUCAAUUGCUGGAUUGGGAUUAAACAAACCACUUUCAGUCAGUUCACAGGUGCCAUUGAGGAGAGGCUUUUCAUCAUCUGGCCUUCCUCCUCACCUAGAGAUAGGAAUGCCUUCUCUUUCACCUACAAUGACAGAGGGUAAUAUAGCAAGGUGGUUAAAGAAGGAGGGUGAGAAAGUUUCUCCAGGUGAAGUACUUUGUGAAGUUGAAACUGAUAAAGCCACAGUUGAGCUGGAAUGCAUGGAAGAAGGUUAUCUUGCCAAGAUAGUACGCGGUGAUGGGGCCAAAGAAAUUCAAGUUGGAGAGGUGAUUGCUAUAACUGUGGAAGAUGAGGAGGACAUUUCUAAGUUUAAAGAUUAUACCCCUUCAGCACCAGAUGCCAGUUCUGCUGCAGAUAGUGAACCAUCUGUCUCCACUCCACCCCAGAAAGAGGUGGCUAAAGAACCAGUUACUUCUCCUGAGCCUAAAGUUUCAAAGCCUAGUGAAUCUUCUGCCGAAGAUCGUGUUUUUGCCAGUCCUCUUGCAAGAAAUUUGGCUGAAGAAAAUAAAGUGCCACUUUCAAGUAUCAAAGGAACAGGUCCUGAUGGACGCAUUGUCAAAGCUGAUAUUGAGGAUUACUUAGCUUCUCACAGCAAAGAGGCGCCUGCCAAGGCUAAACAUGCAGCACCUGCAGAAUUAGAUUACACUGACAUUCCUCAUUCCCAAAUAAGAAAGGUCACAGCUUCACGGUUAUUAUUUGCAAAGCAAACUAUUCCUCAUUAUUAUUUGACAGUAGAUUCAUGUGUUGAUAAACUUAUGGAGUUACGUGGGCAUCUCAAUGCAUUACAAGAAGCAUCAGGUGGGAAGCGGAUAUCUGUUAAUGACCUUGUACUAAAGGCUGCUGCUUUGGCCCUUCGUAAAGUUCCUCAAUGCAAUAGUUCAUGGACAGACGAAUACAUCCGCCAGUUUCAUAAUGUGAAUAUCAAUGUUGCAGUGCAGACAGAAAAAGGUCUUUUUACCCCUGUUAUCCGGGAUGCGGACAAGAAAGGUUUGUCCACGAUAGCUGAUGAGGUCAAGCAGUUGGCUCAAAAAGCAAAAGAAGGCGGUCUAAAACCUGCAGACUACGAGGGAGGUACAUUUACAGUCUCAAAUUUGGGAGGCCCCUUCGGCAUCAAGCAAUUCUGUGCCAUCAUCAACCCUCCUCAAUCAGGCAUUCUUGCAAUUGGAUCUGCUGAGAAGAGAGUUGUGCCUAGUUCCGGGCCCGAGCAAUACAAGUUUGCUUCCUUCAUGUCUUCAACGUUAAGUUGCGAUCAUCGCGUUAUUGAUGGUGCGGUUGGUGCAGAGUGGCUGAAAGCAUUCAAAGGCUACAUUGAGAACCCCGAGUCAAUGUUGCUCUAAAGACGAGGGCUGAUCUUCUCUACCAAUUUUUUUUCUUUCCAAUUUCCUGCAUAAAUUAACGAGGGAUUUAAAUGGAGUCCCAUAUGUUCAUCUCCGAGUUCCAAAUGAGAUUUGACUAAUUUUGCAUUGGCGAUAAAAUUUCUUCCUUGGGUAGUAUCUGUUUAAGCUUCGCUUUUUUUUUUUUUGCAAUAAUUGGGGUUGAUCGAGGCUUUGAAUUUUGCUCAUUUAGAGUGCUGAACCCCCUUGUAUAUGAGCAGACACUUGAUUUUGUCCCGCAUUCAUUCUCUGGGAUCAAUGUGAAUAUUUGGAAAAUUUUGUUUUUCUGUUACAA